AUGAAUAAUUCAUCAAAUUCUAAUUCUAGAUAAUCUGCCCAAAACAUCAUCAACAAAUAUGAACAAAAUAAUAAUGAAGAUAGAUUUACAUUUUAAGUAAGACCAAAUUCACCAAGAGAAACUUUUGGAAAAUAAACAUAACCUAGAAAUAGCUAAGUUCAAAUUCUUAGAGAAAUUGAUUAAGCUAAUCUUUCAAAAAUGCUAAGUGAUUUUUCAAUUGUUUCGGAAUAAGAAGAAUCUAUAUGCCAAAAUCAAUUCAAUAAUCCAAUAGGAAUUGGUAUAUUUAUAUUUAAUCUUCAUUAUUAGUUUAACCUUAAUAAAUAGUAUAAUAAUAAAAACAAUAAGAGCAAGUCUAAGAGAAUUAAAGUUAUCGUGGAACCUUUGGGAAGAAUCCAUAUUUUCAACCUAAAUCAGAAGUUACAGAAAUCAUUGAAAAAAGUUAUAUAGAAGAAGAACUCUAUGAUGACAUGUCCGUUUUAAAAGAUAAAGUUAUGGGAUUAUUAUAAGCUUAUGCAGAUGAUUUAAGAAAAUCAAAUAAUGAUCCUACUAUUAGAUCUAAAAUUCAAGUUGAUGCUAAAUAAGUCUUAAAAGAGUAUUCUUAAAUUAUAGACAAAGUUAAUCAAUCUGAAAUAUCAUAAUUAAAUGUUUCCCAAAAUCCAGUCAAAAAAGUAUAUUUAUUAAUUUUACAUUAAUUAAGGAACAAGAAUUAAACUUGAUGUCCAAUUUAGUUACUGAAUUCUUAAACAAAUUUGAUAUGUAAAAACAACCAGUGCUUAAUGUUUCAUAGGUAUUAGAAUAAAAAUUAGCAAAAUCAAGAGUCAGAACUUCUAAUCAUUAAUUAGAACUCACUGUUAUGCAUUAAAUACCUUGUGAUGAAACAUUUUAUUAACAUGAUUAAUAUAAUGAUGAUAAGUUGGAGGGAAAAAUUCAAAAACUUAAAUAAAUGCUUUAAGAUGAACUUGAUAAAUAAUAGCUUGUAUUUUCCAAAAAGAUAUUAUCAGAUAUGAUUUCAAAUUUAAAUUAAAUCUUAAUUGCAAAUGAUGCCCAAACUGUUAAAACUAUUAUUUAUAAAAUAGAGAAUAUGAUUAAAUAAUUACCAUAAGAAGAUUGUGGAUCUAUAUAAUUAUAUGAUUAUAUGUCAAAAGCAAUGAAAGCAACUAAAAGAAAAAUGAAAUAAAUGGAUCCAUAAAAUUAAUAAUAAGAAAAAACACUCAAAAGAAAAUUUUUUGAUCUUGCUACUUAAUUAAAAAAUAAAUUACCUUAAGAUCAUCCUGGUAGAAAUGAAAUGAUAUCAGUACUUUACGAUCUAUAUUGUUAAGCUAACAAACCUGUAGAAAUGGAAGACUUUAUUACAAAUCAAUUGAAUUUAGUAAAAUGA